AAUUGAAUGUUUCAAACGUUGCGUGCGGGAAAUGUCACCUUCAUCUCUCUCCCAUAUAUAAACCCCACUGACUUACUGAGUCACCAUUAAAGAAGACAAUACCAGCCCACAUUAAUUAUCAGUCUUUACAUCAUAUAUUUAAAUAUAUAUUGUGUACAUAUAUAUGUGUAUGUAUGUAUGUAUGUAUGUAUGUAUGUACUCGUAUGUGUACAUACGGGUAUGGUGUUGUUCGUCUAAAGGGUAGUGGUAUCUGCGAGUGCGAUCUAAAGCUUUGACUCAUCUGUUUCAUUUAUAUAUUGAGUUUACAAAUACAAGUUUGGACACGCAAUUUCCGGAGCCAGCUUUCACGGAUAUUUCAACACGUUGCCGUCUUUUUUUCAUUUCUUUUUUUUCUCCUCGUUGGGUUCUUCUUCUCUUAAUUAUUGGGAUCUGGAGGAGAUUGAAAGCUUGAUUGAAUGAUAUAAUAUACCUUUUUGUGGCUCUUGUUUUACCAGUUUUGCUCAGGUACUGGGGUUGCUCUGGCUAUACGUAUCUCUGUUGCCGUUUAGUCAAGCUCAUGAAUUCGUUUUCUCAUCUGGGUAUUUCACCUAUUGGGUAAAGCCACUUUGACAUGCAUUUGGAUUCACAGAAAGUGAGAGGUGAAGCAUGGAUACUGGAGAUGGAAUGUACAAAGAAGUGAAAGAUUCUCGCAUGGCUAUUGCAGAUAAUAUCAUGUCAACUUCGAGUAUGGAGCUAAGAGGUUCUCCUUUCAGAAAAGGAGCUACCAGGACACCAUAUACUAAUGAGGUGCAGGAGCUACUUGAGUGUCCGGUGUGCAUGAAUUUAAUGUACCCUCCCAUUUACCAGUGUCCCAAUGGCCACACUGUGUGCUCGAAUUGCAAGGCUAGAGUACACAAUUCUUGCCCAACUUGCCGGAAUGAGCUGGGAAAUAUAAGGUGUUUGGCUCUGGAGAAAGUCGCCGAGUCACUGGAUCUUCCUUGCAAAUAUCAGAUCUUGGGUUGUCAUGAUAUCUUCCCAUAUUUUAUUAAGCUCAAGCAUGAGAAGGGCUGUAAAUAUAGACCAUACAACUGUCCAUAUGCAGGAGCUGAGUGCUCCGUCACUGGAGAUAUUUCACUUCUUCUCAUACAUCUCAAGGAUGAUCACAAAGUUGAUAUGCAUAAUGGGUGUACUUUUAACCACAGAUAUGUCAAGUCCAAUCCCCAAGAAGUUGAUAAUGCUACAUGGAUGUUGACGGUUUUUAACUGUUUUGGUAGACAAUUCUGCUUACAUUUUGAAGCAUUUCACCUGGGAAUGGCACCUGUUUACAUGGCGUUUCUGCGAUUCAUGGGAGACGAGGAAGAAGCAAGACAGUUCAGUUACAGUCUAGAGGUUGGUGGCAAUGGCAGAAAGCUCACAUGGCAAGGAGUUCCGAGGAGCAUCCGCGACAGUCACCGGAAAGUCCGGGAUAGUCAAGAUGGAUUGAUCAUUCAGAGAAACUUGGCACUUUUCUUCUCUGGUGGUGAUAGACAGGAGCUAAAGCUUAAAGUGGCUGGAAGGAUAUGGAAAGAACAAUGAGAUACACACACAUAUAGAAUAUACACAUACAUAUAUAUAUGUAUCUGUAUAUGUAUAUGUAUAUGUAUAAGCUUAGGAGCUACAGCCAAGAGAGAAGAUAUGGUAGUUGUAGAUUGCAUCAACUAUCACAUUCUUUGUGAAAAAUAAUCUAAUGUGUUUGAGAUGCAUCUCCCUCAUUAUGUAUAUAUACAAAUACAAUUUUAUUUUUAUAUUUAA